AUGAAGUUAUGGGAUGUUGUAGCUGUCUGCGUGGUGCUGCUCAACACGGUCUCCACCUCGCCCCUGCCCACCGGUAAGACGCCUCCCAAGGGGCCCCCUUCAGUGGUAGAGGGGCCUGAAGAUGAUCUCUCCCCCAUCAGCCUGCUGCCUCCCUAUGCUGUGCACAGUGACUCUAAUAUGCCAGAGGAUUAUCCAGAUCAGUUUGAUGAGGUAGUGGACUUUAUUCAAGCCACCAUUAAAAGACUGAGGAGGUCGACGGAUAAGCAGACUCCGAUUUUUUCUAGGCGGGAGAGAAACCGGCAAAACACAGCCACGAACAUAGAGAAUUCCAGCAAAAAAGGAAGGAGGAAUCAAAAGGGCAAAAAUCGAGGAUGUGUCUUAACAGAGAUACAUUUAAACGUGACUGACUUGGAUUUGGGAUACGAAACCAAAGAAGAGCUCAUUUUCCGGUAUUGCAGUGGAUCUUGUGAUGCAGCUGAGACCACCUAUGACAAAAUUUUAAAAAACUUAACCAGAAAGAAAAAACUAGUCACUGACAAAGUGAGGCAAGCUUGUUGCAGACCCACAGCCUUUGAUGAUGACCUGUCCUUUUUGGACGAUAACCUGGUUUACCACAUACUGAAAAAACAUUCCGCAAAAAGGUGUGGCUGCGUCUGA